CGCACACCGGGCCGAUGAUAUUUUUUCUCUUUUCUGCGUUUCUAAUUUGCCAAUCCGCCCGCUCUCUCUCUCUCUCUUUUUCUUACCCUCCCACUCCUCCUCAUCCCCCUCCUCCCUUCUGCAACAACGAGCCCGCCCACAAUGUCAUCGACCACCACCAAUUCGUUACAGGUGCCUGGUAUCGAGAUUCAACCGCCACCCACAUCGACUCGUGAUGGUGCUUCUGCCGAUCCAAACCUUACAGCGCAGGGUCAUCAACAACAGCAACAACAGCAACAGCAACAACAACGGGCACCCACUCGAGCACGCACGUUUUCUCUGUCAUCACUCGUUGGCAAAACUCGUCGAGCUUACUCAGUGUCAUCGGCCUACCCACCAAAGAUGAUUCAUCCUUCGCUUGUGCCAGCAUCUCUGAAACCAGCCGAAAACACACUGACCGUCGACAAUGAGGUCUGGUUCCGUGCAAAGCAUGUCACGCCCGCUCAACGACGUAACUCGGUCGCAGCUGCUCAUCGGAAAUACGAAGACUUUCAACAGAAAAUGGAAGCAGCGCCAAUGUAUAUUCUCGUCUCGACCUAUCUUAAUUACUUUGUCCUGAUUCUGUUGGGUCAUUUGCGUGAUAUUCUUGGUAAAGUUUUUAAGCGAAGUGAAUAUGCACAUUUACGCACAAACCAGGGAUAUGCGCCGCUUGUGUCUGAUUUCGAUUCGUUUUAUACCAGACGGAUGUACAUGCGUAUCCGUGAUUGCUGGAAUCGGCCCAUUACUGGUGUGCCAACGCGAAUUACUACUGUACUGGAACGACAGACGGAUGAUUUCAACAAGACAUUUAGAUUGACAGGGAAAAAGAUCGAUGCCAUCAACUUUGCGUCGUACAAUUAUCUGGGUUUCGCUCAGGCCCAAGGACCGUGUGCCGAUGCAGUGGAGCAAACGGUGCUCGAGUAUGGUGUCAGUGGCGGCAGCACCCGUGCAGAAUGCGGCAAUAUGGACAUUCAUAGAGAAGCAGAACGAAAGGUUGCUAGGUUCGUGGGCAAGGAGGAUGCUGUCAUUGUGUCCAUGGGUUUUGCUACCAAUUCAACCACCAUCCCAGCCCUUGUCAGCAAGGGCUGUUUGAUUAUUAGUGAUGAAUUAAAUCAUAGCUCAAUCAUCUUUGGCGCACGUCUUUCCGGAGCUUCGAUUCGUGUGUUCAAGCACAACAACAUGGGCGAUCUGCGAAAUCUUUUGCGUGAGGUUAUUUCUCAGGGUCAGCCUCGCACACACCGUCCAUGGAAAAAGAUCAUGGUGAUUGUUGAGGGCUUGUACUCGAUGGAAGGCUCGGUGGUCAACUUGCCAGAACUGAUCAAGUUGAAGCGCGACUUUAAGUUUUACCUGUAUGUGGAUGAAGCCCAUUCCAUCGGUGCAUUGGGUGAACACGGUGGCGGCGUUUGCGAUUUUUAUGGCAUCAAUCCAAAGCAUGUCGAUAUUCUCAUGGGAACAUUUACAAAAUCUUUUGGUGCGGCUGGUGGUUACAUUGCCGGUGACAAGGCUGUAAUUGACCAUUUACGGUUAAAGAAUCAUUCGUUCUGCUAUGCAGAGACGAUGACACCGCCUGUGACGCAACAGGUGCUUGCAAGUCUGGGUAUUAUGAGAGGCGAAGAUGGCACCGAAGAUGGCCGCUUGCGUAUCCGACAGCUUGCGGACAACGCACAUUACUUUGCAGCCAGACUGAGAGAAUUGGGUUUCAUUGUCUAUGGUGACGAAGGCAGCCCCGUUGUCCCCUUGCUCUUGUUCAAUCCAGCCAAAAUUUCAGCGUUUUCGCGCGAGAUGCUCAAGCGGGGUGUCGCUAUUUGUGUUGUCGGCUACCCCGCAACCCCUAUCAUCAGCUCACGAGCUCGCUUCUGCGUCUCUGCAGCACAUACAAGAGAAGAUCUGGACCAUGCCUUGAAGCUGAUCAGCGAGGUGGGAGACCUUCUGAUGCUCAAGUUCAAAGCACACUAAGAAGAAGCAGUCAAGGACAAGGUCCCAUUCACAAUAAUAAUCUCUAUCUGUUGCUAUCUCUCUGACUUGUAAUACACACACACACACUAUUCUAAUUACUACUACCUACCAUCGUUCGUUAUUACCCUUCCCCCCUCACGUCAAAUCAUCGUUCCUCUAUCUUCUAUAUCUUUGUUAUUCUGUUUUUUUUUAUUAUUGUAUAUACGACCUCUACACUAUAGAAGUUUACAAUCCAAGUAUAAUCCCCGUCAUUGUAUCUUUCUUUCUUUCUUUCUUUCUUACCCAAAAAGAUCCGCAUUAAAAACUUUUUCUGCCUGUUGCUGCAAGAAUGGCC